ACCUCCAGACACCUUCGGAAACAUUUUACUUUGUUUCCAGAUCGAAUAUCCUCAGAUAAAAAGAUGCAUCCACAAAUUACAUCGAUAUUGUUGAGCGAGUUUCACCCUACAACAGGUCCUAUGGUGAAAUAUCAAGUUCCAAAAGAAAUCAUAUCUAAAGCUCAUUUUGAUGUGAUACAUAAUUACAUCAUUCCUAAGCCUGAAUUUCAAGGCCGACUCAUCACAGUAAAUGCUUUGGGAUAUAAAAUUGUUGGCUGCCCCGUUUCCAUUGAUGACACAAAGUACCAGAGGAAUGCUCUGAUGUUCAACCUCUGUUUUGUGUUCGAUCAAAAUGUGGACACCAGCAACCACGAACCAGUGGUCAAGAAACUGGCUCUGUAUCUCACACAAAUUGAGUUGGAGAGUGGGUUUUUGUCGAAAGAGAAAAGCCAGGAACAAAUUCCAGUCUUCAUGGAGAAGGUGUUACAUCUCCUGAAUAAAUAUGGUUUCUGUCGAAUUCCAGUGGGAGAGUCCAUCACUGUCCACCUGAAGGUGACUGUAAACAUCGCUGAACCUCCUCCUGUACUGGACCAUGAUGUCCCCAUCCUGAUCAAAGACAAGGGCAGACCACAACAGGCAUGGGACCUCACCACACAGCAGGUUCUGCCAUACAUAGAUGGAUUUAAUCCAACUUGUCGAAUAGCAGUGGAGGCGGAUGUGGAAAUCAAUCUGGUCAAGUCCUGUCUCCAGAAUCUCCUAUAUUACAAUAUAAUUAAGAUAAUACCAGUUUUCCAGUAUUCUAACAUGUAUACCGUGACGUCGGACAUCAAAAAACUGUUUUCUGAUCCACAUCUUCAAGAUCAGUGUAUGCACUUUAUUGCAAUUAAAGGUCACACAUUACCCCUACUACGGGACAUUCUGACCCUAUACACCAGUAUGACACACGGAGUUACCGUCCGGGAUCUCUGUUGUCGCUAUAAUCCUCAUGGACUCAAAAUUGAUGAAAAGAAGCUGAUCCAGUUUGGAGUAGUAAAGAACCUGAUCCGAGUGUUGAGGAAAUUCCCCAUCCUGGUCCCUACUAACGCCGAGCCUGACCCCCGACUGAGGUCUCUGUACCCCAUGUUUGACGGACUUCACUGUUACGAUGAAAUAUGCUGUAAAGUUGGCAUCGGUCAGACAGACCUAGAAGAGAGGAUAGAAAAUGACCCCAAUGUGACGGUCUGUGUAAAGUGAGGGUAUGGCGAUCUCCAAAAACAAUACUAAGAUACAGACCAAUUAUGAAUUACAAAGCAGAGACAACUACAUGUUACUCUAUUCAACAUCCACUUUUAGAAGAAGAUAAAGUGGAAUCCAACACAACAGGACACAGAUUGUAUAAGGGAGGCAGCUAUUGAUUGUGAUAGAUCGUGAGACAUAAACCUGCUAGGUAAUGGAUAGAGUCACGCUCUGAAUGCUUCUGGUGAGCAGGUACUCACUGGACCAAUGCAGCUUUAACAGUAAACAGAAAUACUGUAUGUUAAACUUGUUAUGAAUAAAUUGUUGUACAUUUU